AGCUGUUGUAUCUGUGUGGCAGGUCGUCCGAGCCCCUCGACACUCUUCCUUUCCCCCUCCGGCCCUCGGUCCUGAACCAGCUGUCCUCGUUCUGGUACCGGCUCGUCAUCAUGGAGGCUUGUCAGGAGAGCAGCUCCGCCCCCGUUGGUCCCGACGCGCCGCCAGCCCAGGACCGCCACAUUGACCUGACGGAGGACCUGGGCCAGCAGCUGGAGGACAUCAUUAGCACCUACCAGGCCGCCCAGAUUCCAGCUGAGCCAGAGGACACGGAGGAGGUCGCCGCCGCCAAAGAGGCAGAUGGCCGCAAGGACCAGAAACUGGAGAAGAAAAUGCUCAAAAACCUAGGGAAGGAAGCCAUGCUGCUCAUGCAGAGUCUGAACAAGCUGGACUCUCCAGAACAGAAGCUGGAGGCCAUCAUAAAGAAGCACGCUGAGCUGCUGGAGGAGCAUCGCAGCGACCAGAAGCAGCUGAAGGUUCUGCAGAGGAAGCUCCUCCAGGUGCUGAAGGAGAAGGACCAGCUGCAGAGCGAGCACAGCCGGGCCGUGCUGGCCCGCAGCAAACUGGAGGGGCUGUGCAGAGAGCUGCAGAGACACAACAAGACUCUGAAGGAGGAGACGCUGCAGAGGUGCAGAGAAGACGACCUGAAGAGGAAGGAGAUCACCACCCACUUCCAGGGAACGCUCAGCGAGAUCCAGGCGCAGAUCGAGGAGCACAGCAGCCGCAACACCAAGCUGUGCCAGGAGAACAGCGCUCUGGCCGAGAAGCUGAAGGGACUCAUCUCCCAGUACGACCAGCGGGAGGCGAACCUGGAGAAAGUCUUCAAGCACAGAGACCUGAAGGAGAAGCUCCUGGAAACCAAACUUUCACAGGCCAACUUGUUCCUGAAAGAAGCUGACGAGAAGCACAAGCUGGAGAAGCAGAUGCUUCUGAAACAAGCAGAAGAAUACAAGCUGCAGCUGAAGGCGCUGAAAGCUCAGGAGAGCGAGAUGAGAAACCAGCUCGACAUGUACUCCAGGAAGUUUGAUGAGUUCCAGGGAACGGUGUCGAAGAGUACCAGCGUCUACAGCGGCUUCAAACAAGACAUGGACAAAAUGGCAAAGAAAAUGAAGAAGAUGGAGAAAGAAUGCCAGUCGUGGAAAACUCGCUUUGAUGGUUGCAACAAAAGCCUGGUUGACAUGGUGGCAGAUAAAGCUAUCAAGGAAAAGGAGUUUGAACUUCUCACCAUCAAGAACCAGAAGCUGGAGAAUCUGUGCCGGGCUUUGCAGGAGGAAAGGAAGAGCCUCUACGAGAAGGUCCAGGGAGGACAAGCUGACCCGAGCGCCGCCCAGCACGAGGAGCCCCCGAAGGUGGAACCCCUAAAAGUGGAGCCCCCGGUCCAGAAGACCGCCCCCGCUCCCCCCCCUGAGGCAUCAGCGCUCACCACUGCGCUGACGGAGAAACUGGAUCAACUGAAGGCCGAGCAGAGCCUUCUCAAGGAGAUCGCCUGCUCCUUCCAGAUCUCCCACCUCGCCUCCUCUGAAGAAGGCGCUGGCCAAUCACACGGACUCUCUGAGGCUAGCCAGGACCCGGAGGAGGAGGGCCAAAGUCAAGACCUCAACCAGGACAAAGAUCAGGAACAGAGAGAUCUGGAGUCGGUUGAUUAACGAGAAAUCUCGGGUCAGAACAAACCGGGUGAAUGUGACCAUCACAGAAAUAAAACAUGAAACUAAACGCCA